GAAUGAAAUACGACAAUCUGUAACGAUUGUUUGCUACUUUCUAUAGCGCUUUCAAAGACUAAUAUAAUUUUGUUCGACAAAUCUGCUAAUGCAUCGACCUGUCGUACGUUCUGGUGAGAUCAAGCCAUGUAUUUGACUACGGCAGAUUCCAGCUAGAUGCUAGUCAAACAUCCAUUAUCCUAUAUGCUCCGUGAGUUAUUAAAAAAACCAUCGCUGGAAGUUUAAAAAGUUGAACAGUGCAUUUACAGCCACAGUGACAUUUUAAAAAUUGUUAUAACGUUGACAGAUGUCAUCGAUGGAAAUCUAAUCAAGAGACUGUUGUUGUUUUUUGUCGAACGUGACACAUUACGUAAACUGCACGCGUAAUUUCCUGCACUAUCAACACAGCUGGGACCAAGGUAUCGCUGCGUGCAAAAACACCAGGAACAAUCAUCUUUCAAACCGUUUCAAACUCCUCAGAAUAACGUCGUGCUGACAACUUGAACAAUUUAUUUCUUUGCAGAGACUGCUGGUGCUAGUGCAUUGAAAAAGGAAAACACCCUGUUUGUCAACCUUGGGAGGUAACCAUGGCACCCAUCCGUCGCCCAGGGUAUCCUCUCCGAGGAUCUAUUAUCUGGGACGAGACAGAAUGUCUAGCGUUUUACGGGAUGCUAUCUAUCCACGAGCUCUUCGAAGUGGUCGGUUCACAACUGACCGAGACGGACAUAGAAGUCCUGUCCUUCCUCCUGGAUGAAACCUACCCGGCAGAGCACCCCCUCCAGCCAGCGAGCUGGACUGUAGCGCCGUGCGACGGGGACCCAGACAACCACGGUGUGCCGCCCAGUCCGGAGUUGCUGAAUUCCUGGAGGAGGUUCCGGCCCCGGGCGCCUCUAUGCCCCUCCGCCGCCCGCCACAAGCCCAAGAGCGGUCUGGAGCUUCUGCUGGAGCUGGAGAGGCGGGACUACCUCAGCGAGAGGAACCUAGAGCCCCUGUUGCAGCUGCUGCGAAUCCUUACCCGACACGACCUCUUACCGUUUGUGUCGAGCAAGAAACGGAGGACAGUGUCUCCUGAGCGUCUGAGCCUGGACUACGGGUCAGUGGACGAAGCGCAGGUGUGUCCUCCUGGACUGACGGACACCCGUGAGCAGACAGAAUUACCUCAGGAACAUUCCUCGCUACAGUGGAGGAGAGGUUUGUGCCCUGCAAGGCCGGCGCUAACCUCCAGACAGAAGAAAAGGAAGACGAGAGGCCACGGUUGGUCCGGCCGCCCGGCCACCCAGAGGAGAACGGGCCUUCUCCCUCAGCUUCAGACCCCUCCCCCACCAGCACCCGAGAAAGUCACCUGUGAAGUACGACUGCGGGUGCGGGCCGAGUACCUGGAGCACGAGGCGGCCCUGCGUAGUGGCGUCUCCUCCAACAAGCAGCAGCCGCUGGAGAGGCAGUUUGAGCUCUUCAGCCGGGCCAGCUCCCUGCUGCGCACCCGCGACCUGGGCUCCAUCGUCUGCGACAUCAAGUUCACCGACCUGGAGAACCUGGAGGCCUUCUGGAGAGACUACCUGAGCGGGGCUCUCCUGGAGGCUCUCAAGGGAGUCUUCAUCACCGACUCCAUGAGGAUGGCGGCCGGGCAGGAGGGCGUGCGCCUGCUGAUAAGCGUGGACCAGGAUGACUACGAGGAGGGCCGCAAGGUGCUGCUCCAGGGGCAGAACGGCGCCUCCUGGUGGGGAGGGGAGAGGUCAUGAUCACGAAGACCGGGAGGGGAAGAAACUGAAAUGGAAUGAUUUCUCCCCCUUCCUGAGUCUCAGAGGUUACGCCCUCUCCUGCGCCUACUCUAUCUGGGGAAACCCUCUAGAAGACGUCAAAUUAGACAGAAAAAGAGAAGACCAACUUGACUAGGACAGUUGAUGUCGGUGUUCACAGGGCACACUGUUGAGGAAAAAGAGACUGCCGUUACACGCACUCAAAACGAAUACCUGCCUAUAAGUCACUGAAGCCUGGAGACCGUUGAAACAGUCUGGCGGACUGUGUGAAUGACAACGGGGCCCUGUGUCUUGCUUUUUUUUGUUUUAUGUAUGUGAGCUGCCUUGAAAAGUGAUAUUGAUCUGUAAGAACUUAGUUUUCAUUGCGAUGCAUGAUUUACAAGGUUAGAGCUUGUGGAUGCUAGUAGGGAGAAGGAGAAGGCAGAGACCAAGAGCUUGUGGAUGCUAGUAGGGAAACGGAGACGGCAGAGACCAAGAGCUUGUGGAUGCUAGUAGGGAGAAGGAGACGGCAGAGACCAAGAGCUUGUGGAUGCUAGUAGGGAGAAGGAGACGGCAGAGACCAAGAGCUUGUGGAUGCUAGUAGGGAGAAGGAGACGGCAGAGACCAAGAGCUUGUGGAUGCUAGUAGGGAGAAGGAGACGGCAGAGACCAAGAACUUGUUCUUAGGUUUUGACCUCCGUGGGUCCAAGGAGAAUGGAAACCAGAUGGUGAGAUAGUGAACCCUAUGGAUGCCCUGUGUGUAGCCUUGGCCGGUCCACACACACACACACACAUACACUGAUCUCAAACACUGGUGGUCCCAUCACUGUGGUGGCAUGAUAAACUCCACCUCUGAUCGCUGUGGUCAGUGGACAUGGCAGGUGCCACAAGAUGAUAGCAGUGAUUACCUCUGGGCCUUAGCCAACCAUUUCAGAUUCAUCAGGGACAAGCUGUUUUACCAGCAACAGGGAUAACACAACCCCUUCCUGCUAGGCCUCGGCCGGGAGUCCUCCUCCAAAGUAAGCAAAGCACAGGACAGUGUGUCGUUCAAUAGAGGCGAUUUUGAGGGAGAUCAAAAUCAAAAGAGCACAUCCCAGGUCCACUCAGCCUUGUCCUGUAGACCCACUACGAUGGCUCAAGGGCGGCUGUCUACUCACCCUGCUGGAACUAAUGCCUGGACUUCACUCAUAGACCACGAUCAAUAAGGCCUCCGUGCUCAAAGUCCCCUCAUGCAAGCGGGACUUACGGAAACCGACGACCACUGUGGGGGCUCUCCGGUCCAGAGUUAAAGACCUACAGAGGGGAACUUGGGACAUGAUUUUUUGUGUUUGGUUUCUAUUUUUCUUCUAUUUUUUGGGGUAUAUAAAUUCCUGAGUAAAGCUUUGUAAUGCAAUGUAGGCUGCGUAUGAAAAAAAUAACAAAAAAAAAUCUAUGGGGGAAACCUUUGUUUAGUACUUAGUUGGAGAUUUUGUGUUGGCAUGGCAAGAAAGGAUUUUUCUUUUUGUGUGUAAUCUUAAUUUAAUAAAUU